AUGGGGCUAAGAGCGGCCAGCCUCCUUCUACUCUGGCUGGCUCUUUCUUCAGCUAGUGAAAUAAAAAAAGGAAGGACAAGAAACCAUGGCCACUAUGUCUGCAGCACUUGGGGAAACAACCAUUUCAAAACUUUUGAUGGAGACGUCUACCAAUUCCCUGGCAUUUGCGAGUAUAAUUUUGUUUCUGACUGCCGAGAAGCUUACAGGGAAUUCUCUGUCCACAUCCAGCGUGCUCUCAACAGCAAUGGCCACCCUGAGAUCCAGUAUAUUCUGAUGAAAAUCAAGGAUAUUAUGGUCUACCUCAAACCAAACCUGGUUGUGGUGGAUGGGCGGAUUGUGAAGACACCUUACUACAGCUCUGGUGUCCUCAUUGAGAGUGGUGAGAUUUACACCAAGAUUUAUGCCAAAUUAGGCAUGGUUCUGAUGUGGAACCAGCAGGAUGCCCUGAUGGUGGAGCUGGACAACAAAUUUAAUAACCAUACCUGUGGUCUCUGUGGGGAUUACAAUGGAAUUCCAAUCUACAAUGAGUUCAUCGAUGGAGAUGUAAGCUACAACUCAAUUACAUAUGGGAAUUUGCAGAAGAUCAGCAAACCCAAUGCCAAAUGUGAAGAUCCAGAUGAAACUCAGGCUCUUCCAAGCUGUAAUAAGCAUCGUGAUGAGUGUCAGAGGUUGCUGACUUCCCCCGCAUUUGCUGAUUGUCGGCUACGUCUUAAUUUGGAAAUGUACAUCCAAGCCUGCAUGCAGGACAUGUGUGCCUGUAAUGGGAAGGAGGACUCCUUCUGCCUCUGCAGCACCAUCUCCGAGUAUUCCCGCCAGUGUUCACACGCAGGCGGCCGCCCGGGAGAAUGGAGAACACAGAACUUUUGCCCCAAGACCUGUCCUGCUACCAUGGUCUAUAGAGAAAGCAGCUCACCCUGCAUGGAUACUUGCUCACACUUGGAGAUCAGCAGCCUUUGUGAGGAGCACUACAUGGAUGGCUGUUUCUGCCCUGAAGGAACUGUGUAUGAUGAUAUCAGUGAAAAAGGCUGCAUCCCUGUUAGCCAGUGCCACUGCAAACUUGGUGGAAAGACAUAUGCACCUGGAGAAAGCAUUUCCAAAGAAUGUGAAGAAUGCACCUGUAAUUCAGGCAGAUGGACCUGCAAAGAUUUACCCUGUCCAGGCAUAUGCUCAGUGGAAGGAGGUUCCCAUAUUACCACCUUUGAUGGGAAGAAAUACACCUUCCAUGGAGACUGCUAUUAUGUGUUGGCCAAGGGUACUGCAAAGGAGAGUUAUGGUCUUCUGGCAGAACUGGCUCCCUGUGGCUCCACAGACAAACAGACCUGCUUGAAGACUGUUGUGCUGUUAGUGGAUAACAAAAAAAAUGUGGUGGUUUUCAGAUCAGAUGGCAGUGUGCUACUGAAUGAGAUGACAGUGAAUGUGCCUCAUGUGUCAGCCAGCUUCUCGAUAUUCAAGCCGUCUUCCAACUACUUUGUUGUACAAACUUCUUUUGGGCUUCAGAUGCAGAUCCAGCUAUUUCGAGUUAUGCAGCUGUUUGUGACUGUGGAUCAAUCAGUUAAAGGAAAACUUCAAGGUCUUUGUGGAAACUUCAAUGGAAUGGAAGGUGAUGACUUUAGAACAACCAGCGGGCUGAUUGAGGCUACAGGAUCUGCUUUUGCUAACACGUGGAAAGCCCAGUCCACCUGCACAGACCAGGCAGAAAAGCUGGAAGACCCCUGCAGUCUCAGCAGUGAAAGUGCAAAUUACGCUGAGCAUUGGUGUUCGUUGCUGAGAAACCCAAAGGGUCCUUUUGCAAGAUGUCACUUAGUCAUUGAUCCUACAGAAUACUAUAAGAAAUGUAAAUAUGACACCUGCCUCUGUGAAGACAAUGAGGAAUGUUUGUGUGCUGCCCUGUCCUCUUACUCAAGAGCCUGUGCUUUCAAAGGGAUUAUACUGGGAGGCUGGAGAAAGAGUGUCUGCAGUAGCGAAGCAUCUUCUUGCCCAGGAAAUCAAGUCUUCCUUUACAAUCUUACAAAGUGCCAGCAAACCUGUCGUUCCCUUGCUGAUGGCGAAAAGUAUUGCUUGCAAGACUUUGCUCCUGUGGAUGGCUGUGGCUGCCCACCCAAUACAUACUUGGAUAACCAGGAUGAGUGUGUGCCCAUCUCCCAGUGCCCAUGUUAUUACAAGGGAUCAUACCUGGAACCUGGCCAGUAUUUCACAAAAGAUGGAGAACGCUGUGUUUGCCGAAAUGCAAAGAUCCAGUGCACUUCAGUGAAAAUAAGAAUGAGAAGUGAAAAAGAAUGUUCUUCUAACAAGACAUACUUUGACUGCAAUGCAUCCUCGAAGUGGACUUCACAAACACCUGUACAACUUAGCUGUCAUACUCCUCAAAUUGAUCAUUUCCAGACAGAGUGUGUCUCAGGCUGUGUGUGUCCUCAAGGUCUAUUUGAUGAUGGCAGAGGAGGCUGUGUUGAACAAAAGGACUGCCCAUGCAGUCAUAAUAAUGACUGGUAUUCUUCUGGAGAGAAGAUAAAAGUGGACUGCAACACCUGUACCUGCCAGAAAGGGACUUGGAAAUGCACUGAUAACGUGUGCUAUGGGACUUGUAUGAUAUAUGGAAGUGGCCAUUACAACACUUUCGAUGGGAAAUUCUAUGACUUUGAUGGGAGCUGUGAAUAUGUGGCUACUCAGGACUUUUGUGGUGACAAAAAUUCCAGCGGCUCAUUCAGUAUCAUCACAGAGAAUGUCCCUUGUGGAACUACAGGAGUCACCUGCUCAAAGGCUAUCAAAAUGUUCCUAGGGAAAACUGAACUGAAAUUGGAGAACAAAGACUACAAAGAAAUUCAGCGAGAUGUUGGUGAUGAUGUACAGUAUUGGAACAGGACAGUCGGCCUGUACCUGGUGAUUGAGGCUAGCAAUGGUGUGAUGCUGAUCUGGGACAAGAAGACUACUGUUUUCAUCAAGCUGAGCCCUGAUUACAAAGGCAAAGUGUGUGGUCUGUGUGGCAACUUUGAUGACAAGGCAAACAAUGACUUUACAACAAGGAGUGGACUGCAGGAGUCUAAUCCUCUGGAUUUUGGAAAUUCCUGGAAACAGUCUCCCAUGUGCCCAGAUGUCACGGAAGAGAUUAAGCCCUGUGAUCUGAAACCACACCGGAAGUCCUGGGCAGAGAAAGAAUGCAGCAUCAUCCAGAGCGAAGUCUUCAAAAUUUGUCACUCCAAGGUGGACCCACUUCCUUUCUAUGAAGCUUGUGUUCAUGAUGCCUGCUCUUGUGACAGCGGUGGAGAUUGCGAGUGCUUCUGCUCUGCAGUUGCUGCAUAUGCCCAGGAGUGUAUCAAGGCUGAGGCCUGUGUUUUCUGGAGAACUCCUGAUAUCUGCCCGAUAUUCUGUGACUACUACAACCCUCGCAAUGAGUGUGACUGGCACUAUGAGCCUUGUGGCAGUAAUAUCACAACCUGCAGGAUGAUCAAUAAUGUCAGCACCAACUUUACAAUACCAUUACUGGAAGGUUGCUACCCCAGAUGCCCUAUGGACAAGCCUAUUUAUAAUGAAGAGACAAAGGAAUGUGUGACUGAAGAUGAAUGUGGGUGUUACAUUGAAGGUGGAAUCCAUAUACCCCCUUGGCAAGAAGUACCCACAAAAGAGAACUGUACAAUAUGUAUCUGUGUCCCCUCAGGAUCCAUAGAGUGUAAACCACUCCCAGGGUGUCCUUGUGUCAUCAAUGGAACGAGUUAUGAAGUGGGUGCUAUUGUGGGACAAGUACAGGAUGGCGACAUGUGUAUAACGUACAUUUGUGCAGAAAAUGGUUCUGUAGUUCCUGGUGGUGUCUAUCCUUGUCCAACAUCUUCACCUACAACCAUUUCAACCUCCUUCCCUUCCAGUACUCUUACCACCACCACCACAGUUACCACUACAAGCCAUCCAGAAACUACAACUCCAUGCUUUGGACUAAUCUGUGAUUGGACUGAGUGGUUUGAUGUUAGUAAACCUGAAGAAGGUGGUGGUGACUAUGAAACAUAUGAUGAAAUAAGAAACCAUGGAAACAAAAUAUGUACAGCUCCUGAACAAAUAGAAUGCAGGGCUAAGGAUAAACCUGAUGUGAGCUUAGAUGACCUUGGUCAGAAAGUAGAGUGUAAUGUUACAUAUGGAUUAAUCUGUAAAAAUGAUGAGCAAGAUGUUACUAUGUGGCAGCUUUGCUAUAAUUAUGAAAUCAGAGUAAACUGUUGUGAGUGGCAGGAAAUUCCUUGUGGGCCUACAAUUACACCUACUAUACCACACACUCCAGCUUCAACCACCACCAAGACAACAGUACCCACCACCACUACAACCAGGACUUCAACAGAAAUUACCACCCCGCCCGUACACAUCCAUUCCACAACAAGUGAGCAUACACCAUCGGUUCCUUCUCCAGUAACUUCAACAUCUACAGCCCCUCCUACACCAAGCACACCAAAAUCGCCAACCACUCCCUGGUCACCAGAGACUCCCACAACUACCAGCAGCACUCCACAGACAACAACGACUGUUCCUGUCUCAACAACACCCAUUUCAACUACUCCAAGCACAUCCACACCCACACCAACAUACACCACCACCCUACCAACUCCAGGCACACCGAGCACAGCACCCCCUACACAAGAAUUGACAACCACUUCCACAUCACCGGAGACUCCCACCACAACCACCACCACCACCACCAGCAGCAGCCCUACGAGCACAACGACCACUGUUACUGGAUCACCAACACCCACAUCUCCUGAAAGCUGUGACUGCAUCUGGACGGACUGGAUCGAUGUGAGUUACCCAGAUGGUUCUGACAGGAACAGUGGUGACUACGAAACCUUUGAGAACAUUUUGAAGAACGACCCCUCCUGGGUCUGUGCGAAAGCUGAGAAUAUUUCAUGCCGAGCAGAGAAAUUCCCUAACACUUCCAUUGCAGAUUUAGGGCAGAAAGUGGAAUGUAAUGUUAACGUAGGGCUCAUUUGUAACAAUAAAGAUCAGCAGAUAGGAGGUAUAAUACCGAUGCCAGUCUGCCUCAACUACGAGAUCAGUAUCUGCUGCACCCCCAACAGACCAGAGUGUCUUCCAACUCCAAGCACCACGAGCACCUCAACUUCCACACCUUCAUCCACAACGAGUGCUGUGUCCUCUACAACAAUAUCAACAACUGCUCCAACACCAACAGCAGAGGAGACUCCCAGCAGUACCACCCCUACCACCCCCACCACCACCACCACCACCCCGCUGCCCCCCAGCACCACUACCCCUACCAGCAGCACCCCACAGACAACAACAACUGUUCCUGUCUCAACAACACCCAUUUCAACUACUUCAAGCACAUCUACGCCCACGCCAACAUACACCACCACCCUACCAACUCCAGCCCCUCCUACACCAAGCACACCAAAAUCGCCAACCACUCCCUGGUCACCAGAGACUCCCACAACUACCAGCAGCACUCCACAGACAACAACGACUGUUCCUGUCUCAACAACACCCAUUUCAACUACUCCAAGCACAUCCACACCCACACCAACAUACACCACCACCCUACCAACUCCAGGCACACCGAGCACAGCACCCCCUACACAAGAAUUGACAACCACUUCCACAUCACCGGAGACUCCCACCACAACCACCACCACCACCACCAGCAGCAGCCCUACGAGCACAACGACCACUGUUACUGGAUCACCAACACCCACAUCUCCUGGAAGCUGUGACUGCAUCUGGACGGACUGGAUCGAUGUGAGUUACCCAGAUGGUUCUGACAGGAACAGUGGUGACUACGAAACCUUUGAGAACAUUUUGAAGAACGACCCCUCCUGGGUCUGUGCGAAAGCUGAGAAUAUUUCAUGCCGAGCAGAGAAAUUCCCUAACACUUCCAUUGCAGAUUUAGGGCAGAAAGUGGAAUGUAAUGUUAACGUAGGGCUCAUUUGUAACAAUAAAGAUCAGCAGAUAGGAGGUAUAAUACCGAUGCCAGUCUGCCUCAACUACGAGAUCAGUAUCUGCUGCACCCCCAACAGACCAGAGUGUCUUCCAACUCCAAGCACCACGAGCACCUCAACUUCCACACCUUCAUCCACAACGAGUGCUGUGUCCUCUACAACAAUAUCAACAACUGCUCCAACACCAACAGCAGAGGAGACUCCCAGCAGUACCACCCCUACCACCCCCACCACCACCACCACCACCCCGCUGCCCCCCAGCACCACUACCCCUACCAGCAGCACCCCACAGACAACAACGACUGUUCCUGUCUCAACAACACCCAUUUCAACUACUUCAAGCACAUCUACGCCCACGCCAACAUACACCACCACCCUACCAACUCCAGCCCCUCCUACACCAAGCACACCAAAAUCGCCAACCACUCCCUGGUCACCAGAGACUCCCACAACUACCAGCAGCACUCCACAGACAACAACGACUGUUCCUGUCUCAACAACACCCAUUUCAACUACUCCAAGCACAUCCACACCCACACCAACAUACACCACCACCCUACCAACUCCAGGCACACCGAGCACAGCACCCCCUACACAAGAAUUGACAACCACUUCCACAUCACCGGAGACUCCCACCACAACCACCACCACCACCACCAGCAGCAGCCCUACGAGCACAACGACCACUGUUACUGGAUCACCAACACCCACAUCUCCUGGAAGCUGUGACUGCAUCUGGACGGACUGGAUCGAUGUGAGUUACCCAGAUGGUUCUGACAGGAACAGUGGUGACUACGAAACCUUUGAGAACAUUUUGAAGAACGACCCCUCCUGGGUCUGUGCGAAAGCUGAGAAUAUUUCAUGCCGAGCAGAGAAAUUCCCUAACACUUCCAUUGCAGAUUUAGGGCAGAAAGUGGAAUGUAAUGUUAACGUAGGGCUCAUUUGUAACAAUAAAGAUCAGCAGAUAGGAGGUAUAAUACCGAUGCCAGUCUGCCUCAACUACGAGAUCAGUAUCUGCUGCACCCCCAACAGACCAGAGUGUCUUCCAACUCCAAGCACCACGAGCACCUCAACUUCCACACCUUCAUCCACAACGAGUGCUGUGUCCUCUACAACAAUAUCAACAACUGCUCCAACGCCAACAGCAGAGGAGACUCCCAGCAGUACCACCCCUACCACCCCCACCACCACCACCACCACCACCCCGCUGCCCCCCAGCACCACUACCCCUACCAGCAGCACCCCACAGACAACAACAACUGUUCCUGUCUCAACAACACCCAUUUCAACUACUUCAAGCACAUCCACGCCCACGCCAACAUACACCACCACCCUACCAACUCCAGCCCCUCCUACACCAAGCACACCAAAAUCGCCAACCACUCCCUGGUCACCAGAGACUCCCACAACUACCAGCAGCACUCCACAGACAACAACGACUGUUCCUGUCUCAACAACACCCAUUUCAACUACUCCAAGCACAUCCACACCCACACCAACAUACACCACCACCCUACCAACUCCAGGCACACCGAGCACAGCACCCCCUACACAAGAAUUGACAACCACUUCCACAUCACCGGAGACUCCCACCACAACCACCACCACCACCACCAGCAGCAGCCCUACGAGCACAACGACCACUGUUACUGGAUCACCAACACCCACCCCAACUCCUGGAGGCUGUGACUGCACCUGGACAGACUGGAUCGAUGUGAGUUACCCAGAUGGUUCUGACAGGAACAGUGGUGACUACGAAACCUUUGAGAACAUUUUGAAGAACGACCCCUCCUGGGUCUGUGCGAAAGCUGAGAAUAUUUCAUGCCGAGCAGAGAAAUUCCCUAACACUUCCAUUGCAGAUUUAGGGCAGAAAGUGGAAUGUAAUGUUAACGUAGGGCUCAUUUGUAACAAUAAAGAUCAGCAGAUGGGAGGUAUAAUACCGAUGCCAGUCUGCCUCAACUACGAGAUCAGUAUCUGCUGCACCCCCAACAGACCAGAGUGUCUUCCAACUCCAAGCACCACGAGCACCUCAACUUCCACACCUUCAUCCACAACGAGAGCUGUGUCCUCUACAACAAUAUCAACAACUGCUCCAACGCCAACAGCAGAGGAGACUCCCAGCAGUACCACCCCUACCACCCCCACCACCACCACCACCACCCCGCUGCCCCCCAGCACCACUACCCCUACCAGCAGCACCCCACAGACAACAACAACUGUUCCUGUCUCAACAACACCCAUUUCAACUACUUCAAGCACAUCCACGCCCACACCAACAUACACCACCACCCUACCAACUCCAGGUACUCCGAGUACAGCACCCCCUACACCAGAGUUGCCAACCACUUCCACAUCACCAGAGACUCCCAGCCCCCCCUCCACCACCAGCCCUCUGAGCACAACAACUGUUACUGGAUCACCAACAACCAUCUCAACUCAUGGAAGCACACCAAGCACAGCACCCCCUACACCAGAACUGACAACCACUCCCUCAUCACCAGAGACUCCCAUCAUCACUGGCAGCACCACGGUACCCCCCAGCACCACCACCAGCAUCAGCACCCCGAGCACGACGACUGUUACUGGAGCACCAACACCCGUGUCAACUACUCCAAGCACAUCCACACCCACACCAACAUACACCACCACCCUACCAACUCCAGGCACACCAAGCACAGCACCCCCUACACAAGAAUUGACAACCACUUCCACAUCACCGGAGACUCCCACCACCACCACCAGCAGCAGCCCUACGAGCACAACGACCACUGUUACUGGAUCACCAACACCCACCCCAACUCCUGAAACCCCACCUACUAAGACUCCAAACACAGCAUCCCCUACAUCAGAAUUGACAACCACUCCCACUCCAACACCCACUGAAAUUCCCAUCAUCACUGGCAGCACCACAAUGCCACCCAGCACCACCACCAGCAUCAGCACCACAAAGACAACAACGACUGUUACUGGCUCAUCAACAACCUCCUCAACUACUUCAAGCACAUCCACACCCAUAUCGGAAUAUAUGACGACCCUAUCAACUCCAGGCACACCGAGCACAGCACCCCCUACACAAGAAUUGACAACCACUUCCACAUCACCGGAGACUCCCACCACAACCACCACCACCACCACCAGCAGCAGCCCUACGAGCACAACGACCACUGUUACUGGAUCACCAACACCCACCCCAACUCCUGGAGGCUGUGACUGCAUCUGGACAGACUGGAUCGAUGUGAGUUACCCAGAUAGUUCUGACAGGAACAGUGGUGACUACGAAACCUUUGAGAACAUUUUGAAGAACGACCCCUCCUGGGUCUGUGCGAAAGCUGAGAAUAUUUCAUGCCGAGCAGAGAAAUUCCCUAACACUUCCAUUGCAGAUUUAGGGCAGAAAGUGGAAUGUAAUGUUAACGUAGGGCUCAUCUGUAACAAUAAAGAUCAGCAGAUAGGAGGUAUAAUACCGAUGCCAGUCUGCCUCAACUACGAGAUCAGUAUCUGCUGCACCCCCAACAAACCAGAGUGUCUUCCAACUCCAAGCACCACGAGCACCUCAACUUCCACACCUUCAUCCACAACGAGAGCUGUGUCCUCUACAACAAUAUCAACAACUGCUCCAACGCCAACAGCAGAGGAGACUCCCAGCAGUACCACCCCUACCACCCCCACCACCACCACCACCACCCCGCUGCCCCCCAGCACCACUACCCCUACCAGCAGCACCCCACAGACAACAACAACUGUUCCUGUCUCAACAACACCCAUUUCAACUACUUCAAGCACAUCCACGCCCACACCAACAUACACCACCACCCUACCAACUCCAGCCCCACCUACACCAAGCACACCAAAAUCACCAACCACUCCCUGGUCACCGGAGACUCGCACCACCACCACCAGCCCUACGAGCACAACAACAACUGUUACUGGAUCACCAACACCCACCUCAACUACUUCAAGCACAUUCUCACCCACACCAACAUACACCACCAGCCUACCAACUCCAGGCACACCUCCAUCCACACUGAGCACACCAAAAUCGACAACCACUCCCUUGCCACCGGAGACUCGCACCACCACCACCAGCCCUACGAGCACAACGACCACUGUUACUGGAUCACCAACACCCACCUCAACUCAUGGAAGCACACCUCCAUCCACACCAAGCACACCAAAAUCGCCAACCACUCCCUGGUCACCGGAGACUCGCACCACCACCACCAGCCCUAUGAGCACAACGAUCAUUGUUACUGGAUCACCAACACCCACGUCAACUACUUCAAGCACAUCCUCACCAACACCAACGUACACCACCACCCUACCAACUCCAGGCACACCUCCAUCCACACUGAGCACACCAAAAUCGACAACCACUCCCUCGCCACCAGAGACUCGCACUACCACCACCAGCCCUACGAGCACAACGACCACUGUUACUGGAUCACCAGCAACCAUCUCAACUCAUGGAAGUAUUAUCACCAGACCCCCAGAAGUUCCACCCACAGAACCAAUAAAGGGUACAACACCAGAAUCAGAGACAGGCACUCCAGUUACUCCUUCAGCUACCCCACUGCCAACAACAAGAACGACAGAAAUAAGUACAGUGUUUACUGCAAGCACCACUAGUCAACAGUCAACAUCACCAGUGUCAACAAGCCCAGUGACAGCUACCACCUCUGAAGUCACUGAAACAGGAUCAACCACCAAGACCACCACUUCAGGCCCCACACCCUCAAGAUCCACCAGCACCACACCAGUAACAGAAACACCUGUCCAUGAGACCACUACCACCAGGUUCCCAAGCCCUCCAACAGGAUUACAUACCACCACAACCUCAGGACCAGGCAGCACUCCUGUCACACCAUCAUCAGUAUCAACAACCCCAUUCCCUGGAACAGGAUCAACCACCAAGACCACCACUUCAGGCCCCACACCCUCAAGAUCCACCAGCACCACACCAGUAACAGAAACACCUGUCCAUGAGACCACUACCACCAGGUUCCCAAGCCCUCCAACAGGAUUACAUACCACCACAACCUCAGGACCAGGCAGCACUCCUGUCACACCAUCAUCAGUAUCAACAACCCCAUUCCCUGGAACAGGAUCAACCACCAAGACCACCACUUCAGGCCCCACACCCUCAAGAUCCACCAGCACCACACCAGUAACAGAAACACCUGUCCAUGAGACCACUACCACCAGGUUCCCAAGCCCUCCAACAGGAUUACAUACCACCACAACCUCAGGACCAGGCAGCACUCCUGUCACACCAUCAUCAGUAUCAACAACCCCAUUCCCUGGAACAGGAUCGACCACCAAGACCACCACUUCAGGCCCCACACCCUCAAGAUCCACCAGCACCACACCAGUAACAGAAACACCUGUCCAUGAGACCACUACCACCAGGUUCCCAAGCCCUCCAACAGGAUUACAUACCACCACAACCUCAGGACCAGGCAGCACUCCUGUCACACCAUCAUCAGUAUCAACAACCCCAUUCCCUGGAACAGGAUCGACCACCAAGACCACCACUUCAGGCCCCACACCCUCAGUGUCCACUCCCCACACCACCACAGUAGGAACAGAAAUAAGUACCCCAAUGACAACCUCUGCAACUGUUACUACUCCAACAACAUCACCUGCUGUCACUAGCACCACGACUUCAGGACCAUCCUCUCUAGAGUCUACGGCCAGCUCUACUGUAUCUCUGCCAUCUGUAUCAACCAGCCCUGUGUUCACCACCACCUCUGGUACUACUCAAACAGAAAGCUUUACCACCACUUCAGGAACCACCUCUAGCAGUUUUAUCACAAUCAAUGCAACCACCACCUCCACCACCUUCAAACCCUUUCCCCCUGGCUCAACUACUACAUCUGGGCCUACUGCAACAUCAACUGCAGUCACCACUACAGGAAGUUCUACACACAGUGCAACUCCUCCAGUUAAUGGCUCAAGUUCAACUACAGGUCUAAUACCAACCACUCCUAAAAAAACUUGUACUAUUUUCCCUAAUGAAUCUUAUGAGGAAGGUGACUCAUGGUGGCUCUGUGAAUGCAUUAAGGCAAUAUGUGUAGAAGACAACGUUGUCCAGGUGAUUCCAGUAAUCUGCAAUCCACCUCCAAAACCCACAUGCGCCAAUGGACUUUCUCCUGUGCCAGUCAUUGAUGAGGAUGGAUGCUGUUGGCACUGGGAGUGUGAUUGCUACUGCACUGGCUGGGGAGAUCCCCAUUACAUGACUUUUGAUGGAUUAUACUACAGCUUUCAAGGGAAUUGUACAUAUGUCCUUGUGGAAGAGAUCAAUAAGAAAGUUGACAACUUUGGUGUCUACAUUGAUAACUACUAUUGUGAUGCACGGGAUGUAGUGUCCUGUCCUCGAACACUCAUCGUGAGACACGAGACUCAGGAAGUGAGGCUGAGAACAGCACAACCAAAUACUCUACAAGUAGAGGUGACAGUAAACAACCAGCUUGUGGCUUUGCCUUACAAGAAGUUUGGUGUGAGCAUCUAUGAGUCAGGCAUAAAUCGUGUUGUGGAAAUUCCUGAGCUGAAAAUGAAUGUGACUUACAACGGCUUGUCCUUUUCUAUCAGAAUGCCCUACAGUCUGUUUGGCAACAACACCCAGGGACAGUGUGGUACUUGCAAUAACAACACCGCAGAUGACUGCAUGUUGCCAGAUGGAAACAUUGCAGAAAACUGUGAAAUCAUGGCAGAUCAUUGGCAAGUUGUUGAUCCUUCCAAACCACAGUGCUCUCCAGGCCUAGUUCCUACAGGUUCACCUAGCACAACACCAACACAGCCUUGCAAAGAAUCUUCCAUCUGCGAACUUCUUUUGGGAAGUGUGUUCGAGCCGUGCCAUGCACUUGUCCAGCCUGACAAGUACUAUGCAGCGUGUGUUUUUGAUAGCUGUGUACUUCCCAACCUAGACCUGGAAUGCUCAAGUCUGCAGAUCUAUGCUGCCACCUGUGCUGAUCAAGGUGCAUGCAUUGACUGGAGAAAGCACACCAACGGUGUAUGCUCUCAUGAAUGUCCCCCAGGUAAAGAGUACAGAGCAUGUGGUCCUAUUAAAGAGAUGACCUGCAAAUCAAGAGGACAGAAUGACACAUCAACUAAACAAGCAGAAGGCUGUUUCUGUCCUAAUGGAACCAUGCUGUAUGACUCCGGUGUGGAUGUCUGCGUGAAAACCUGUGGCUGUGUUGGAGUGGAUAUGAUACCGAGAGAGUUUGGAGAAAGGUUUACAAUGGACUGUCAGGACUGUAUUUGCCUGGAAGGUGAACAUGGCAUUGUAUGUGAGCCUCAUGAAUGUGACCAAAAGAAGGUCACUUGUGAUGGAGAAGGCUUCUAUGAGAUCCAGGAAGUCAAUCCUAAAGACCCCUGCUGCCCUCUUUUCACUUGCAAAUGCAAUACAAGCUUCUGCACAGCUAAAGCCCCCAAGUGCUCACUGGGUUUUGAAGUUCAUUCUUAUAUUCCCAGUGGUCAGUGCUGUCCUGUGUACCAAUGUGUUCCCAAGGGGGUUUGCGUACACGGGAAUGCUGAGUUCUUGCCCAACUCCUCAGUCUUUGUUGACAAGUGUCAGAAUUGCUUCUGCACAAAUGAUGUUAACGUCAGCACUCAACUGAAUAUCAUCUCCUGUGAACAUGUCCCCUGCAACACAUACUGUCAACCAGGCUAUGAACUUAAACCAGUGAAAGGUGAAUGCUGUGGAAAAUGUGUGCAGACCAAGUGCAUUAUACACACAUCAGACAAUUCUGAACUCAUCUUGAGUCCUGGAGACUUUAAAAAUGAUCCUCGCAACAACUGCACCAUUUAUAGCUGUGUAGAUGUCCACAACCAGCUUAUCGCUUCCACAUCUGAGAUUACCUGUCCAGCAUUCAAUGAGGAGAGCUGCAAACCUGGAACUAUUUCAUUCUUACCUAACGGUUGUUGCAAAACCUGUGCCCCUGUGGACAGCCAAACACCGUGCUCUGUGCGCCAGAGAAAAGACUUUAUCAUCUACAAAGGCUGCCGCUCCGUGGACAGAGUUGAGUUGUCGGAAUGUGAAGGAACAUGUGGAACCUUCUCGCUAUAUUCUGCUGAGGCCAAUUCUAUGGAUCACAGCUGCUCCUGCUGCAGAGAAACAAGCACCACUGAGAAGCACGUGGUACUGAAAUGCCCUGGUGGGCACUCAAUGUCACAUAAGUACAUCUACGUGGAGAGCUGCAGCUGUCAAGACACUGAAUGCAGAGACCCAAAACUCAAUGAGCUGCAGAACAAUGAAGAAAAUGACAAGGCGAGCACUCUGAACCGGAUCAAGAGAGCCAUCAGCUUAACAUCAAAAUGAAGGCAAAAAACCCCUGGCAUCAUUAACUGAAAGGACUAUGAACCAUUCUUAACUUCCUUGACUACUUUUGAACUUUACUUUUCCCAGUAACUGUAUCCUGUUUGUUCUCUGAAUAAUUUGACCAGUGCCCUAUUUAUUUGUGCACAAAAUAAGAACACAAAUUUGUAUUCUUCCAAGUGCACAGCCUCUUGGGUCCUUUUCAAAUCUGCUUAUUUUCUCUGACUGAUUAAAAGCACAUUUC